AUGCAGCUGACGCUUCCUUUCAUUCUGAGCUUCGGUUGUCUGACGACUGGAUCUCUCAUUGCUUCUAACAGCAUCAAUACUACAGGGCUUGAUACUCGUGCUGUGACCGGGUAUCGCUCUGUUGCAUAUUUUGUCAAUUGGGGUAUUUAUGGCCGCGGCUUCAAUCCUAUGGACCUCCCUGCCGAGAGAUUAACGCAUGUUCUAUACGCUUUUGCCAACAUACAUCCGAACACUGGGGAAGUAUACAUGUCAGAUUCCUGGGCAGAUAUUGAGAAGCAUUACCCUGGGGACUCCUGGAGUGACACCGGAAAUAAUGUUUAUGGAUGCAUCAAACAACUGUUCAUGUUGAAGAAAAGGAAUCGAAGUUUGAAAAUUCUCCUGUCUAUUGGUGGCUGGACAUACUCAAGCAAUUUUGCCAGUCCUCUCAGCACAGCUUCAGGCAGAACAACAUUUGCCACUUCUGCAACGACCCUGUUGCAAAAUCUGGGGUUCGAUGGAAUCGAUAUCGAUUGGGAAUAUCCUGCCAAUAGCGCGCAGGCCGACAACAUGGUGGCCACGCUUCAAGAGCUGCGCUCCUCUUUGGAUGCUUACAGCUCAGCCCACGUGAAUGGUCACCACUUCUUGAUCACCAUUGCAUCCCCUGCUGGGCCAUCCAACUACCAGAAGUUGCAUCUCUCACAAAUGAACAAGUACCUAGACUUUUGGAACCUCAUGGCCUAUGACUACUCCGGCAGCUGGGACACCGCCACAGGACAUGAUGCUAAUAUCUACGCGUCGACCGACAACGCUGCCAGCACACCCUUCGACACGGAUCAAGCCAUUAGUUAUUACAUUUCCCACGGAGUUCCGGCGAACAAAAUUGUGAUGGGCAUGCCACUUUACGGUCGCUCGUUCAUGAACACAGACGGGCCAGGUCAGCCCUUCAAUGGAGUGGGCAGCGGCAGCUGGGAGAACGGAGUGUGGGACUACAAGGCGCUGCCUCUGUCUGGUGCGUCUGUCAAUUAUCUGAACCAGACAGUUGCUAGCUAUAGUUACGACUCCUCUCGGCGAAUGAUGAUUAGCUAUGACACUCCUCAGGUUGCCCAGAAGAAGGCUGAGUACAUCAUGUCAAAGGGCCUAGGUGGUGGGAUGUGGUGGGAAAGCAGUAGUGACAAGAAUGGAUCUGACAGCUUGAUUACGACGGUUGUUAGCUCCUUUGGUGGGGCGGGGGCCCUUGACCAGAGCCACAACAAGCUGAACUACCCCAUUUCCGAGUAUGACAAUCUGAAGGCUGGUUUUCCUUCCAGAUAA